CCUCGCCACGAUCCCAAGCUCCAAGGAAGUGAAACCCUAACCCUAAUCUCCUUCGUCUUCAUGAUCAACCUCGCUAUGGAGCCUCGGCCGCCGACCUUUGACCCAGCGGAGAAGGCCCUUGCCUUCAUCUCCCGUGGCUGGCGCGAGGUCCGUGACUCCGCCGGCGCCGACCUGCAGCUUAUGCGGACGCGCGCAAGAACCUUCAAGAGCCUCGCGGACCUUGAGUUUGAGAACUUCCUCAAUUCUGCUUCUCCUUUCUCUGUCUCUGCGGCUGAGGCCCCCAUAGCGGAGCUCGAUUUCGUGAAGCGUAUAAAGCCCAAGCUCUCCGAGAUCCGCCGAGCCUACUCAUCCCCGGAUUUCAGCCGGAAGGUCCUCGAGAGAUGGAAUCCUAGGUCCCGGUUCCAGCUUGAUUUUUCUGGGAUUAGGGACGCGAUUGUUUCCGUGGAUGAGAACGAAGGAUUUGGGGAUUUUGGGCGAGGUAGGCUGAAGCGUGAGGGAAGGGGGGUUCGCUCGAAGGAGGGAGAGACGGAGUGGGAAAUUAUCCGAAUCUUGAAGACGGGUCUGAAAGAAUUCGAGCGGAAGAGCCAUUCGAAGGAUAUUUUCUUGGAUAUCGAACGUAAAAGUAGCGAAUUCGUCGAGAAAGUGAAAUUAAGCCUGAAAUCAAUUUGCAAGGAGCCUGAAGAUUCCAAGGAUGUUCCACCAUUAGAUGUCCCUGAACUCUUGGCAUAUCUAGUCAAGCAAUCUGGUCCCUUUUUGGAUCAACUUGGUGUAAAAAGAGAUAUCUGUGACAAAAUAGUGGAAGCUUUGUGCUGUGGACGGAAAGAUCCACUCAUGUCACAUUCUCUUUCUGCGCAAGACACACCCUUGCUCCAAAAUGAAAAUGUCCAUGAUGAACUUGACUUGAGGAUAGCAAGUGUACUGCAAAGUACAGGACAUCACUAUGAAGGUGGAUUUUGGACCAACCUCACAAAGCCUGAAAUUGAUGAGGAGAAGAGACAUAUUGCAAUAGUGACAACUGCCAGUCUUCCCUGGAUGACAGGAACUGCUGUUAAUCCUCUUUUUCGAGCAGCAUAUCUAUCGAAAUCUGCAAAACAAAAAGUGACUUUAUUGGUACCUUGGCUAUGCAAACCAGAUCAGGAGUUGGUUUAUCCUAACAGCCUGACUUUUAGCUCUCCAGAUGAACAGGAAACUUACAUUCGUAAUUGGGUGGAAGAGAGAGUUGGUUUUAAGGCUGAUUUCAAUAUAUCCUUUUAUCCGGGAAAGUUCUCAAAAGAAAGACGGAGCAUAAUACCUGCUGGGGACACUUCGCAAUUCAUUUCUGCCAAGGAAGCUGAUAUUGCAAUACUCGAAGAGCCAGAGCAUUUAAACUGGUACCAUCAUGGUACGCGUUGGACUGACAAAUUUAACCAUGUUGUUGGUGUUGUCCACACAAAUUACUUGGAGUACAUCAAGAGGGAAAAAUAUGGGGCUUUCCAAGCUUUUCUUGUCAAGCACAUCAACAACUGGGUCACCAGAGCAUACUGCCAUAAGGUUCUUCGUCUUUCUGCAGCAACCCAAGAUCUACCCAAGUCGGUCAUUUGCAAUGUUCAUGGCGUGAACCCCAAGUUUCUCAAGAUUGGAGAGAAAAUAGCAGCUGAGAGAAAUGGCGGGCAACAGUCAUUUUCCAAAGGGGCAUAUUUCUUGGGUAAGAUGGUCUGGGCAAAAGGCUACAGGGAAUUGAUUGAUCUCUUGGCAAAACACAAACAAGAUUUGGAAGGUUUUAAAUUAGAUGUGUAUGGAAACGGCGAGGAUUCUCAUGAAGUACAAUCUGCUGCCAAAAAGUUGGAGCUGAAUCUUAACUUCCUUAGGGGAAGGGAUCAUGCAGAUGAUUCACUUCAUGGGUACAAGGUUUUUAUAAACCCCAGUCUCAGUGAUGUCCUCUGUACAGCAACAGCUGAAGCUCUUGCCAUGGGAAAGUUUGUUAUCUGUGCAGACCACCCAUCAAAUGAGUUCUUCAGGGCAUUUCCCAACUGCUUGACUUACAAGACAUCAGAGGAUUUCGUGGCAAGAGUGAAAGAAGCACUGGAAAAUGAACCUCAUCCCCUGACCCCAGAGCAGAGAUACAAUUUAUCAUGGGAGGCUGCCACUCAACGAUUCCUGCAGACCUCAGACCUUGAUAAAGUUCUGCUAAGCAAUAAUGACACAACCGCAAAUCCCGGACAUUCCAAGAGGAUAAGGAAAUCAAUUUCAAUGCCAAGUUUGUCUGAAGCUGUGGACGGUGGAUUAGCACUAGCGCACUAUUGUCUCACAGGGAACGAGAUCCUAAGGUUAUCUACCGGAGCCAUACCAGGCACAAGAGACUAUAACAAGCAACAUUGCAUCGACUUGCAUCUCUUGCCACCGCAGGUUCAGAAUCCCGUAUACGGAUGGUAGCAAAUUUUUUCAAUCAGAAUUAAGACCAGUCAUCAUCUUCGGCUUUUGUGAAUAGUUAGUUUGAUCAUCUUUGACUUGUAAAUUAGAUUUCCAUCAAGCGAGAUCAUACCAGAGCUGUAGCAAUGUGUCCAUGUGUACCAAUACUCACUCACUUUUGACAAUAACUAAUCUACAUAUACAAGUUCAUUUUUUAUUCAA